GAGAAGAUGGAGACUGAAAACUCUUAAGCCCUGAAUUGAGAGCAUAGGCCUUUGACACAGUGUUUUCACUGGCCCAGCUGGGAGGAAUAGAAGUGGAGAUUUGGAGACUCUGAAAUCCUUUCUAGUUGGGUCCAUGCUUCCAGCACAAGCUGUCAUGUCCUUCUGGGCAAUGGGCUUGGAUGGCAGAGGCUGAGGCAGUGCAGCUGAAGGAGGAGGGUAACCGUCAUUUCCAGAUCCAGGACUACAAGGCUGCAACAAAGAGCUACAGCCAGGCCCUUAAACUGACCAAGGACAAGGCGCUGAUGGCUACUCUCUAUCGGAACCGGGCGGCCUGUGGCCUGAAAACGGAGAGCUAUGCUCAGGCAGCUUCUGAUGCUUCCCGAGCCGUUGACAUCAACUCCUCGGACAUCAAGGCUCUGUAUCGGAGAUGCCAGGCCCUGGAGCACCUGGGGAAGUUGGACCAGGCCUUCAAGGAUGUGCAGCGCUGUGCCACUCUUGAGCCAAGAAACCAGAACUUUCAGGAGACUCUGAGGAGGCUCAACACCAGCAUCCAGGAGAAGCUCCGUGUGCAGUUCUCCACAGACUCCAGGGUGCAGAAGAUGUUUGAGAUCCUUCUGGAUGAAAAUAGUGAGGCUGAUAAACUAGAGAAGGCGGCCAACAACCUCAUUGUCCUAGGUCGUGAGGAAGCAGGGGUGGAGAUGAUCUUCCAGAGCAAUGGCGUGGCCCUGCUGCAGCAGCUCAUGGACACCAAGAAGCCUGAGCUGGUGCUGGCUGCAGUACGGACACUGUCGGGCAUGUGCACUGGUCACCGAGCAAGGGCCACAGCAAUUCUCCAUGCAGUCCGCAUAGACCGAAUCUGUAGCCUCAUGGCCGUGGAGAAUGAAGAGAUGUCCCUGGCCGUCUGCAACCUGCUUCAGGCCAUCAUUGACUCUCUGUCUGGAGAGGACAAGCGGGAGCACCGAGGCAAGGAGGAGGCCCUGGUUCUAGACACCAAGAAAGACCUGAAGCAGAUCACCAGUCACCUGCUCGACAUGCUUGUUAGUAAGAAGGUGUCCGGUCAGGGCAGGGACCAAGCCUUGAACCUGCUGAACAAGAAUGUCCCCAGGAAGGACCUGGCCAUUCAUGACAACUCACGUACCAUCUAUGUGGUGGAUAAUGGUCUGAGGAAGAUCUUGAAGGUUGUAGGGCAAGUUCCAGAUCUGCCCUCCUGCCUGCCCUUGACCGACAACACCCGCAUGCUGGCCUCUAUCCUCAUCAACAAACUGUAUGACGACCUGCGUUGUGACCCAGAGCGGGAUCACUUCCGGAAGAUCUGUGAGGAGUAUAUCACUGGAAAGUUUGACCCCCAGGACAUGGACAAGAAUGUCAGUGCCAUCCAGACAGUGUCGGGGAUUCUGCAGGGCCCCUUUGACCUGGGCAAUCAGCUGCUGGGGCUGAAAGGUGUGAUGGAGAUGAUGGUGGCUCUGUGUGGCUCGGAGCGUGAGGUAGACCAGCUGGUGGCCGUGGAGGCCCUCAUCCAUGCUUCCACCAAGCUCAGCCGUGCCACCUUCAUCAUCACUAAUGGCGUGUCACUGCUCAAAAAUAUCUACAAAACCACCAAAAAUGAGAAGAUCAAGAUUCGCACACUGGUGGGACUCUGUAAGCUUGGCUCCGCAGGUGGCACAGACUAUGGUCUCAGGCAGUUUGCUGAAGGGUCGACGGAGAAACUGGCUAAACAGUGUCGCAAAUGGUUGUGCAAUGCAUCCAUUGACACCCAGACCCGGAAAUGGGCCGUGGAGGGCAUGGCCUACCUCUCACUGGAUGCUGAUGUCAAGGAUGACUUUGUGCAGGACCUCCCUGCCCUGCAGGCCAUGUUUGAACUGGCUAAGACCUCUGACAAGACCAUUUUGUACUCAGUGGCCACCACCCUGGUGAACUGCACCAACAGCUAUGACGUGAAAGAGGUCAUCCCAGAGCUGGUCCAGCUCGCCAAAUUCUCCAAGCAGCACGUGCCUGAGGAGCACCCCAAGGACAAGAAGGACUUCAUAGACAUACGGGUGAAGCGACUCCUGAAGGCUGGUGUCAUCUCUGCGUUGGCCUGCAUGGUGAAAGCAGACAGUGCCAUCCUUACUGACCAGACCAAAGAACUGCUGUCCAGGGUGUUCCUAGCAUUGUGUGACAACCCAAAGGACCGAGGCACCAUUGUGGCUCAAGGUGGUGGCAAGGCCCUGAUUCCCCUGGCUCUGGAGGGCACAGACGUAGGCAAGGUGAAGGCAGCCCAUGCCCUUGCAAAGAUCGCCGCCGUCUCCAAUCCUGACAUCGCCUUCCCUGGAGAGCGGGUAUAUGAGGUGGUGCGGCCCCUUGUGAGUCUCCUGGACACGCAGAGAGAUGGGCUUCAGAACUACGAAGCUCUCCUAGGCCUCACCAACCUGUCUGGGCGGAGUGACAAACUCCGGCAGAAGAUCUUUAAAGAGAAGGCUUUGCCAGACAUCGAGAACUACAUGUUCGAGAAUCAUGACCAGCUGCGACAGGCAGCCACCGAAUGCAUGUGCAACAUGGUGGUAAACAAGGAGGUGCAGGAGAGGUUCCUGGCUGAUGGGAAUGACCGUCUGAAGCUGGUGGUUCUGCUCUGUGGGGAAGAUGACGACAAGGUGCAGAAUGCAGCAGCAGGGGCCCUGGCCAUGCUGACAGCAGCACAUAAAAAGCUGUGCCUCAAAAUGACUCAAGUGACAACUCAGUGGUUGGAAAUCCUACAGCGGCUCUGCUUGCAUGACCGGCUGUCAGUUCAACACCGUGGCCUGGUCAUUGCCUACAACCUGUUGGCAGCUGACGCUGAGCUGGCCAAGAAGCUAGUGGAAAGUGAACUUCUGGAGAUCCUUACUGUGGUGGGCAAACAAGAGCCAGAUGAAAAGAGAGCCACAGUGGUUCAGGCUGCCCGGGAAUGUCUCAUCAAGUGCAUGGAUUAUGGUUUCAUUAAGCCUGUGUCCUAGACAGGGGCUUCUUUAAAUUUGUGUCUUAUAUGAUUGGGCUGGUCCUAUAUACUGUGUAGAGUCCUGAGUUGGGCACUUUCAGGAUGUCAUUUCAGCUAGGUAUCAUAGCAGUGGUGAUGAAGUAUCCAUGAAAAAGAAAGUCUUGGUUACUCCCAGAGUUAUGAGUCUUCCGUUUUGCCCUAGGAAUGUCUAGAUGUUUCACUGGUUCUCUUAUUCCCUCUCUCUUUACAUCUGUCAUGUUCCAAAAAUACCUCAAAUAGCUUUCAUCUGAGAUUUGGGAAGCAGGUAGGAGAAUUGUUUCUAUACUUAAUCCAUAGGCUAGGAUAGUGGGCUGAAGUUCUUUAUAUUUUGAAUAAUGAUUGCAUGUUUAAGUAGGACCUACUAAUGUGUGAAUAUAAAGGUUACUGCUGUUGUAACGGA